UCCCGUAAGCGCCGGCGCACCGGAGCCCCCUCCCGCCAUGGGCAGCGCCGAGAGCCGCGAGGGCCGAAGGGAGUCCUUCGGGAUGGACCAGGAGGAGCGGGUCCGGGUGCUCCAGGGCAUCCGGCUGUCUGAAAACGUGGUCAACCGCAUGAAAGAUCCCGGCCAGCCUUCCAGAGUGGGGCCGCUGACCCCUCCAGGUGCCCCCCUUCUCUCGUCUGAAGGCCGGGAGAAAGAGUCGAAAUCGCCCAGACCGGAGAGUGGCGGCGGCCGGCGGCCCUCGGGGGCGGAGGUGGAUCGCCUCGAGAGGUGUGACAGGGAGCAGGCCGUGGUCCAGGACGAGCUGCUCCAGGUGGCGACGAGGGACACAGAGGCGGCUGCCAAGCCCCGGAGCGCGUCCCUGCGGCAGGGGGAGGGCGGCACGGACCCGGAGACGCAGCGGUCCGCCCAGCUGGCCGGGGAGCUGGAGAGCCGAGAGGCAGAGCUGAGACGCCGCGACGCCUUAUACAAGGAGCAGCUCGGGCGCCUGGAGAGAAUGUCGAGACGUACAGACUGUCUUCACAGCAGUUCCACAAGGCAGCCUCGAAGAUGGAGGGUGCGAUCAAGCCCCGCAGCGGGGAGCCCGUGUGCUCCGGGCUGCAGGCCCAGAUCCUGCGCUGCUACCGCGAGCGCCUGCAGGAGGUGCUGCUGUGUGCGGACCUGGUCAAGGCCUACCAGCACUGCGUCGGCUCAGCGCACAAGGGUUGACGCGGGCCCACCCCGGGCCUGGCAGCGACUUGGAGCCUGAAGAGGGGACCCGUUGUGGGGCCACAGUCCAGAGACCGCGGGCGCCGGCACCCCUGCUGGCACCUCCGAUGCCCCCGUGCUGGAGAAGGAGCGUGUGUGCCCCUGUCCUCAGACAAAUAAAGCAGGCGU